CGCCUGCACAGCCCGAGCUCACACGUCCUCUCACACGUGUCCCCUGAGGAUAUGUCUCGCAGUUUUUCCCCACUCUAAAACACGUUCUGACUGCACUAGAGACUCUCACUUCAUUUUAGUAUUUAGCGUUACAGUCUGGAACGCCAUCAGCCCAUCAUGAAGACAGCCAUCUGCAUCACGUGGCUCGUGGCGGUUUGCGUCGCUCAAGAGGAAACGAGAAUUUCCAGUUCCAGUAACGUGUUCGGUUUCGAGCUCCUCCGAGAGAUCCCGGUCUCGUCGCAGACGAACAUCUUCUACUCGCCGUACAGCGUGUACACGGCGAUGGCUAUGACCUACGUUGGCGCCAGAGGCGAUACUCUGCAAGACUUGCACGAGGCGCUCCAUUACUCGUCGGUAGGCUUGAGUCACGACCGCGUUCCGAGCGCCCACGCCAAGCACACGCGUCGGCUACGUGAGCCUUCAAAUUCAACGCUGUACGUCGCCAACGCCGCUGUUAUUCAGGAGGGCUACAACGUGGAACCGCAGUACCUAGACUCCCUCAGGCAGUACUUCGAUGCCGAAGUAAGUACAGCGAAUUUGGCAGAUGAACAGGCCUUGAGGACUAUCAACGACUGGGUCAAGAACAAAACGGCAGGAAAAAUAGAGGAAUUGCUCAGCGAACCACUUUCCUCCGAUGCAAGGUUGGUCCUUCUGAACGCCAUCUACUUCAAGGGGAUGUGGAACACCCCAUUUCACGCAGGGGCCACGUCCAAGGCUCCUUUCUUCAAUUCAGGAACAGAGCGCGUCCAGGUAGACAUGAUGCGUCAGCAGCUUACGACGGCAUACGCUCAAGACGACGAGACGAACGCGCAAGUCGUUGACCUGGCUUACACUGGACUUGAUUACAGCAUGGUUAUUGUGCUGCCGCGAGAGAAAAACGGCGUGGACGCUCUCAGGCGUAACUUUUCGUUGCCACUCUACCAUCGUCUGCUGUUGAAGCUCCGAGACACAAACGUUGAUGUCGCACUGCCCAAAUUCAAGAUUGAAAGCCUGUACAAGCUGAAGGAGCCUCUGUCGCAGCUGGGAGCAUCGAAGGUCUUCGACAAGCAUCAAGCCGACUUCUCGGGCAUCAGCGGGUCUCGCGACCUGUUCGUCUACGACGUGGUGCACAAGGCUGUGGUCGAGGUGAACGAAGAAGGCAGCGAGGCGGCCGGCUCCACGGCUGUUGUUUUUGAGGUUGAGAGCAUCCGUGUAAGCACGCCAUUUGUGGUCGACCAUCCGUUCCUGUUUUUCAUCCACAACAGACGCACAGGAGACAUUCUAUUCGCGGGUCAAGUGAACCAUCUCUAGGCUUCUAGCGUUGUGGCCCAAGAUGCACUCUUUCCAAGCUUGGGCGUCCAAACGAAGUCGCUGGGACCUCCGGUGAUUAGCUGGCUUCCUAAGUCAAGUCGAGCAUAGCCACACCUGUUUAUUUACAGAAGCAACACAAUAAUAUUACUGCGGAUGACAAUGACCUCCUCACAACGAGGUCAGUAUCCGGCCUGCAGUCGCAGUGACCGUAUUGAACACCCCAGACAUAACUGGGAAGCUAAAAACGGAACCGCACGGAAACAUGAUUUAGCGUUAAGAAAAACUGGGCACAAAAUUAAAAAAAAUAUCAUUUAACGCGCUACACAAUUCUAGGCGAAAUUAUUAAUACUAUAAUUCCACUAGUUACUUACAAUCGGUAUUAUCGUUAAAUACAAGUAGAUCAAGCUUGUCGGGCAGGGCUUGCAGUCGAGAAAUUACCUGCGCGCAGCGAUAAACGUUUGCUUACCUGCGAUCUGGAGGAGGGCAAAUCCUGUGUACUCUGCUUAUACAAAAAGCAUCAAAAGGGCCUGCAUUGCGCAGUCUGUCGUGAUUGUGUGACUAAUGGUAAAUAAAUAUUUAAUGCUAAUUACAGGACGCGAGGGGAGUCCUUGUUUCCCCCAAUGAAGCGACUAACGCAUAUACUCGUAGACUCAUAUUUCCGCAAGCACAGAAGAUACCCUCAGUUGUUAGCGACAAAGAACUUGGUAAUAAAGAGCUGUUGCUUUACGUGAACCAUGAAUUUGCCUUUUAUACAGGAAUGAAGUAACUCUAAAGGAAACGAUUUCUUAUGAGUUUCUUUUUUGUUGUUGUUUAAUGCUGUUCAUGCAUGUUGUUCAUUUCAAAUAAAGAAACGCAGGAAAUAUUCGUUCUUU